GCCAGGGCCUCACCUGCACGGCACGUGCCGUGCAGGUGCAUGAUUUCACAAAGUCUUCGCUGACCCGCCCCAAUCGCAUCGGCAUAUUGAAAUAGCAUGGCGACCCUGGUGACCCGUCCAGGCGACCCCCAGGCCCUCAAGGCCGCCGCCGCCGCUGCGGCAGCAGGCACGCCACUGGCCGUGCAGCCUCUGGGCGAGGCGGCGGCCUGGAAGAAGCUGCUGGCGGACAGCAGCUGCCCCGAGGCGGCCCGCCAGCUGUUCCUGGUGCUGCCAGACGGCACCGCGCUAGCCGACCCAAACGCCAUCACCCGCUACCUCGGCACCGCGCUGCUUCCGGGGCUGGACCUCGGGGCCGAGGGCUGGCUGGAGUGGGAAGAGCGCUGGCUGCGGCCCGCUGUGUAUGCAGGCGACGCGCCGGCGCUGGCCGCCGCCGUGCAGAAGCUGGGUGCUGCGCUGGCGGGCGGGGCGCACUUCCUGGCUGGGCCCCGGCUGGGCCUGGCCGACAUUGCCGUGUAUGCCACGCUCAGCCCGCUGGCAGGCAGCGCCGCGGUGGCGCCCCUGCAGCCCUACCUGUCCCGCGUGGCGGCGCAGCCCGAGGUGGCGGCAGCCGCGCAGCAGGUGGCGCUCGGUACCGCAGAGGACGGUGGCGCCGCGCCCGCCGCCUUCCUGGCCGACGCGGCGGCCUGCCGGGCUGCGCGCCCCAAGCUGCCCAUCCCCGGGCAGCGCAACAUCCUGAUCACCAGCGCCCUUCCAUACGUCAACAACGUGCCCCACCUGGGGAACAUCAUCGGCUGCGUGCUCAGCGCCGACGUGUAUGCCCGCUUCUGCCGUGCCCGCGGCUACAACGUGGUGUACGUGUGCGGUACCGACGAGUUCGGUACUGCCACCGAGACCAAGGCGCUGGAGGAGGGCCUGACCUGCCAGCAGAUCUGCGACAAGUACCACGCGAUCCACAAGGCGCGGGGCGGCGGCUCCAUCUACGAAUGGUUUGACAUCGGCUUCGACAAGUUUGGGCGCACCCCCACCCGCGCGCAGACCGAGAUCGGGCAGUCGAUCUUCCGCACCCUGGAGCAGCGCGGGUGCCUGGUGGAGCAGACCAUGGAGCAGCUGUUCAGCGAGCCGCUGGGCAAGUUCCUGGCAGACAGGUUUGUGACCGGCACCUGCCCCAAGUGCAAGUACGAGGAUGCGCGGGGCGACCAGUGCGACGCGUGCGGCUCCCUGCUCAACCCCACGGAGCUCAUCGACCCCAAGUGCAAGCUCACGGGCUCCACCCCCGUGGCCUACAUCGACCGCGCCUCGGCGCUGGGCGGCUGGAGCAGCAACUGCGUGCAGGACGUGGAGCUGGUCCAGUUCAUGGGAAAAGACAACGUUCCCUUCCACACAGUCAUCUUCCCCGCCACGCUGCUGGGCACGCGGGACCCCUGGACCAUGAUGCGCUCCAUCUCGGUCACCGAGUACCUCAACUACGAGGACGGCAAGUUCUCCAAGAGCCGCGGGGUGGGCGUGUUUGGCAACGACGCCAAGGAGACGGGCAUCCCUGUGGAGGUGUGGCGCUACUACCUGCUGGCGCUGCGCCCGGAGACCUCCGACUCGGCCUUCCAGUGGGACGACUUUGCGACCAAGAACAACGCGGAGCUGAACGACAACCUGGGCAACUUCAUCAACAGGACGCUCAAGUUCUGCUGGGCGCGGUUUGACAAGACUGUGCCGGGCGCCUCGGCCGGCGGGGCGGGCAUGGAGGCGGUGCGUGGCCUGGGCGAGAAGGUGGCGGCGCUGGUGGAGCAGUACAUCCAGGCGCUGGAGGGCUUGCGCAUGAAGGAGGCGCUCAAGUGCGCCAUGCUGGCCAGCAAGGCGGGCAACGCUUUCUUCCAGGAAACGGAGAUUUGGGUGGCGUACAAGCAGGACAAGGAGGCGUGCGCGUCCUACAUCUCCGCCUGCGCAGGCAUCGUGCUGCUGCUGGCGGCCCUGCUGCAGCCCUUCAUGCCCUCCUUCACAGCCAAGCUGCUGCAGCAGCUGGGCGCCUCCGAGGCGCCGCUGUUGACAGACGACCUCGUCAAGGCGGCAGCCAACCCGGCGGCGCUGCUGCGGCCCGGCCACCCCAUCGGCGCGGCAGAGCCCACACCGCUGUUCCGCAAGAUCACGGACGACGAGGUGGUGCAGCUGAGGGCGCGGUACGCCGGCAACCAGGCAGACCGUACCGCAGCAGCAGCCGCGGCAGCUGCCAGCAGCAGUAGUUCCGCGGCCCCGGCUGCCUCGGCGGCAGGCAAAGGCGGCAAGGGUGCUGCCGCUGCGGCUGCAGCUGCCGCCAGUGGCAAGGGUGGGAAGGAUGGCGCGGCCGCCAAGGCAGACGGCGCCGUGGCGGGCGGCGGCAAGAAGGAGAAGGCUGCGGGCGGCGGCGGCGGCAAGGGCGGCGGCAAGGGCGGCGGCAAGGCCCCCGAGCGGCCUGCCGACAUCGGGAGGCUGGACCUGCGGGUGGGGCUGAUCCGGAAGGCGUGGCGCCACCCCGACGCGGAGAGCCUGUACGUGGAGGAGGUGGAUGUGGGGGAGGAGGCGCCCCGCACCGUCGUCUCGGGCCUGGUCAAGUUCAUCCCGGAGGCAGGCAAGGAUGCCCAGGAUGCUAACCAGCGGCGGGUGGUGCUGGUGUGCAACCUCAAGCCCGCCAACAUGCGCGGCAUCCAGAGCCAGGCCAUGGUGCUGGCAGCCACCUCGCCCGACGGCGGCAAGGCGAGUGGAGCCUGCGUUGGGACGGGUGCAAUCGUCGCUCUUGUGCCUGGGGCCUCUUGCUACGGGUUCCUCUGCCACGUGGAGCUGGUGGAGCCGCCGGCGGGCGCCGCCGUGGGCGAGCGGCUGGCGGUGGCGGGCUACGACUGCACCCAGCCCGACGAGCAGCUCAACCCCAAGAAGAAAGUGUGGGAGGCGGUGCAGCCCGACCUGGCGACCAACGAGCAGCUGGUGGCAUGCUACCGGGGUCAGCCGCUGCUCACCAGCGCCGGACCCGCCAGCGUGCGGAGCGUGGCGGGUGGCAGCAUCAAGUGA